UAUACUGCUAAAUUGCAAAUUGGUACAGCCAGACUUACAUUCUCCCAUGGCAAACCUAUUACUCUUUUCUUUAAUUCCCCUGUUUAUUCUGCGCUUCUGCUGCGGAUGUAUUGAGAGGGAAGAGAAAGCUCUUCUUCAAUUCAAAGCUGGCGUAAAUGACACUGAAAACAGACUGAGUUUUUGGGAAAAAGGAAGUGAUUGCUGCCUCUGGGACGGCAUAUCAUGCGAUGACAACAAUCAUGUAAUCGGUGUUGAGAUUGAUGGCGGAUUUAAAGGGGGAGUCCUACCUGAGAGCCUGUGCACCCUCACUUUUGUUGCAACCAUAAGCCUCUGUCACAAUGGAUUUACAGGUACUCUUCCUCCCUGUUUGGGAAACCUGUCUUCUCUCACACGACUGUCUUUAAGCGAUAAUAGGUUAAGUGGGAACAUUCCAUUGUCCUUUGCAAAAAUGUCUUCUCUUGUUGCCCUUGAUUUGGCAUCUAACAAUUUCGAAGGUGAAGCUGUCCUCACUACCAUUUGCAUGCUUAGUCUCACAAACCUUAGUGAGCUUUAUCUCGGUUCCAACCAACUGAAUGGAAGCUUACCGGCCUGUCUGGGUAGUUUUUCUUCUCUAACAAGCCUAGAUCUUUCUUACAAUCAGUUGAGUGGUAAUAUUCCGUAUUCUUUAGGCAUGAUUUCCUCGCUCGAAUAUCUUGAAGUUUCUCAUAAUGAUUUAAGUGGUUGUAUCCCGGAUUCCUUGGGUGGUCUCUCUUCACUGAAAUCCCUGUUUUUGUCUGACAACCAGCUAAGUGGAACCCUUCCCUCUUCAUUUUCAAGGCUCUCCUCCCUUACUAAUCUCCUUGCUCAGGGGAAUGCAUUCAACCAGAGUAUCGAUUCCUCAUCGCUACCCUCUUCACUUAUCUGGCUCUAUCUCACAUUGGACGGCCACCAGAUAAUUUCAGAGGCUUUCUUUCACAACCUUACCAAUUUAGCCUUUCUGUCCUUGUCCAAUUGUUUUCUUAAUAUCAGCACCACCUGGAUUCCCUCAUUCCAGUUAUUCCGCUUGUAUAUUACAUCAUGUUGAAUGG